AUGACUUCCAGAAGAAAAUACCGUAAACUUAAGGUUAGAUUUAGAGACUUAAAAUUUCACUUUGCGGCUGGGAUUUUCUUUCAAAUUGGCCAGAACACUUCUUGAUGUACCAGAAGAAGAUUCUGAAUGUCUUAACCUUUAAAACUCUCUACUUUUCGAGAAAAGACGCUCAAAAUUCAUCAAAAUGAGCUAUUUUUGGGCUUUGGACCUUCAUUUCUAGUGCAGAUCGAGGCUUCCAGGAUCUUCAUCUGGUGCGUCAAGAGCCAAUUUUUAGGAAAUUCCCAACCACAAAGUGAUAUGACCUCCCCUGUUAAGGAGAAAUAUAGGGGAUCCAAAACUUAGCGCAGUUCAACGAAUAUUUUCAAACGGACUGACUAGGGAACGUUUUUUUACCCCCUUGUUGAAAUUUUGCUAAAACUUUGCUGAAGUGUAUAGGACCCCCUGAUUCCAGAACAGAAAGAAAAUUUCUCGCAAUAGAUCUCGUUUUCGAGUUAGGACACUUCAAAAGCCCGAAAUAGCGCUUUUUUGGCUUAAUUUGCGUAUUUUGCGGACUUUGAAGCUCCAUGAACGGAAACAAGACCUAUUGCGAGAAAUUUUUUUCUUGAUCUGCAAUCAGAAGGUCCUAAAGUACACUUCAGCAAAGUUUCAGCAAAAGUUCAAAUUUCAACAAAGGGGGGGAGGGGGGUGGCGGGGGUAUAAAACGUUCCCUGGUGAGACCAGUAGAAACCCUUCUAGCGCUGGUCACUUUUUCAGCCGGGCCGCGUCGGAAAGGUCGACGCAGCCGCAGCACGUGAGCCGCAGCCUCUCGCAGGUUGGAGCCGAGCCGCGACUUCGGCCGCCGCGACUUCGGCCGCCGCGGAGCUGCCGUCGGCUCGACAAGACCACGCCCACUCGACCACCGCCGCCACUCCACGCGACGCCAUUUCCGACGGCUCAACGACGACUACCGCCGACAUGGGCAGCCACCUUGAUGACGUCAACCGCGACGCCUUGGUUCGUCCCCAGAAGGCGUGGAACAUCAUCUUCGAAAUGUUCAGGUCGAGAAACAGCCGGCCUUCGAGACGAGAGUCUUCGCCAAAAGAUGGGCCAUUCUGGUCAUCUUCAUCCUCCUGUCGGCUUCCAAUGGAGCUCAGUGGAUCGAAUAUUCCAUAAUCGCCAAUAUCAUCGCACAGUUCUACGAUGUCUCGUGGGUUUUUCUUGGUUUUUGGGGUCCGUGGGGCUUCAAAAUGGGUUUUAGAGCAACAGUUGGGCAUUUUUCAGUGCUUCUAUUUUUCCUUGUGAAUUUUGAUGUAAUGAACUUUCAUAUAAAGUUAUCGUUUUGAUACCUUUUCUGGAUAAGUCGAGUUUUUUAGAGCUUUUAAAAGUUUCAUAACGUCUUGUUUAUAGUAAGUUUUGACAGAAGCGCUUCGAUUCGAUUCUUGAUUUCAAAAAGUAAAGAAAUUUGAAGAAAAUAGGACAGGUUUUCAGUUUUUGAAUCAGAAUUUAGACUGAUAAAAGGCUGGGAAAAAAUUGUUUAUUUUGUUUUUUAGGCUAAGGACUUGUAACUUUUGUCAAUUUUCAAUUCAUUUUUCGAUCGAAAAGAUCCUCAUUAUCAUUGGCUUCAUUUGUUGGCUUCACAAUAAGUUCAAAAUUUGAAUUUUAGAGCUUUAAUUGUUGUAAAGUUUUCACAUUUCAAAAUUUUCUCGAUUUUUCCUUUUUUCUCACAGUAAUGAACAUGAAAAAAGUUGUGUAAUCCGUAGUUUUUGAUUUAUUUUUUUUUAAUUAUCCACCCUUUUUUGUUUUCUAUGAAACAUGAAAACGUCUGGAAUUCGUAAACUUCAUAAUUUAAAGUCUCUUGGCUUGUUUUUUUAAAGCAAAAAAAUGUUUCAAAAUGAUUCAAAAAAAGUUUUUUUUUUUCAACUUACUAACUUUUUUGGGCUCUCUAGGCUCUAUUUCAACACUUUGAAAUGAAUCGAGUUCAAAAUGAAAAGGAAUUUUGAAUGAUUUUCUCUGUUUCCCGAUCUUUUGGCUGAGUCACAUCUUCCAGAUUCUCGGCCGUCGACUGGACGAGCAUGAUCUACAUGCUCACCUACAUCUUCUUCUUCAUCCCAGCCGCGUAAGUCGGAAAAAUCGGAUAAUUUUCGCCUAUCGAGCUUGGCAAAAAACGCGAAAAAGACACGGUCGAACAUUUGUCGCCGACCGAGCGGAUAAGUGCCCUUGGCGCUCUUCUCUGUUUAUUUGAAAAGGAGCAGAAAAAAAAGAAACUUGCGCGAGGUUGUUGGGAUUCGCGGUCGAGGAUCGGUUCUGAUAUUAUGAUGUGGGAUUUUGGCUAGAAGUCACGGAAUAUGGUUAGAGGCGUUGCGGCUGCGGAGCGGUUUCCUGAAGGAUUAGGAAAAAUAAGGGUUAGGGGCUCGAAAGUUUCGAAAAAGGCUGGUUAAUGGGAUCUGUGCAGUGGGCUUUGAGCCAUUCCGAAUGCGACCAAGGUUGCGAUAGAAUGGCUCUAAGCGAGUUGAACUGCGCCCGACUUUAAACGACUUUCGAGCUGGGCCAUCUGAAAGAAGUUGAGUGAGUCUAUACGCUUUGAGCCAUUCCAAGUGCGACCAACUUCUUCCAAAAUUACCGGCUUUUAAAUAAAUCAAACCCCUAUUUGAAGGAGCGAAUGUUGAAAUUAUUCAUGUAACAUUAAGAGGAUGAAAUUAUGUGAUUACAAUGAGAUGGGGAAAGAGUAAUACGGAAUUAUAUUAAAAUAAAUCAUUUAAGUAUCGCGCAGCCGUUUCGGGUCUAUAUAGUUUCAAUAAAAGCCCUCGAAGCGCAGAAUACGCGAGGUGAACUGCGCCCGACUUGAAGCGACUUUCGAGCUCCGACAUCUGAAAGAAUUAUAGUGAGAUGCUUAUUUUUAAGUUGUCUAGACUCCACUGGCUAACCUCAAAAACCCAGUUGUCUUGGAAUGGCUCAAAGGUUUAUAAGCUUUGAGCCAUUCCAAGUGCGACCAGAGUUAAACUGCGCCCGACCUUAAGCGACUUUCAAGCUAGGACACCUGAAAGAAGAAUAAUGUGCUAAUUUCGCUUUCUAGACUCCAUUUGCUCUCCUCAAUAACCCAAUGGUCGUAUUUGGAAUGGCUUAAAGGUUUUUACGCUUUGAAACAUUCCAAGUGCGACCAAGGUACUUGGAAACUACUAUAAUGGCUUGAAGUUGAACUGCCCCUGACUUGAAACGACUUUGGAGAGUUUGAAAAAAGUACAGUGUCCGACCGCGACGCAUCCCAACGCUUUGAGCCAUUCCAAAAUGCGACCACGGAGUGUUCAGUGAGAGCCAAUGGAGUGAAUUUAUCGGUUGCUAAAUAAAAGUUGAUCAUUUUUGCUUUUACAAAAAGUAGAUUCAAUGAAAGCUUAAUAAUACUUGAACCUGAGCGAAAGUCGUUUUGGGUCGGGUGCUGCUUUUCGCCCUGACCGUGGCCUCACAAGGGAAGGAGCAAUAAGUACACAUAAAGUUCACGAAAAGUUCAUUCAUAUCAAUCUUCCCACUUUUCAAAGAUUUGCUAAUGUGACGAAGUAUGAACUAGUUUUUUUCUCAAGUAGUUAAGGGUCAGAUUAAAGUUCAAACAGCUGCGAGACAUGUGAGGUCAGCGACGACGAGGCGUCGGUAAACAGUCUGGAAGCAUUUGCUUCCGCGCGCUAACAAGCUUUUUUUUUUUCGAAUUUAUCGUUUUCCCCAACUCCAGUGUUGUAUAGCAUACAACCCCGGGGAGGAUGCUUGCUUUGAGCAAAUUUCGACUUUUCUCAGAGUUUUUUUUUCAAGUUGAAAGGGGCUGAAAAUGAGACGGGAAACGAUAGUUUUGUCACGCGAAGAGGUUGCCCCCGACCCGAAACGACUUGCGCGUGCUGCUAUUGGAAGGUUUGAGGCCCUAUUCCUCCAUGUUACUGACUCGAACCGCAACGCGACCGCGACGCUUUGAGCCAUUCCAAACGCGACAACAAAGCCCCAAAUCGAUACGGUUUUCAUCGAAAAAAAAUAUUUUUUUAAAAAUGAGAGUUCCAAUUUCCAUAUUUAUGAGUUUGUUUAGGGACAUUAAAGGUACUUUGGAAGUUCAUGAUUUCCAAACAAAUCUGAAAAAAACUUUUUUUGUAUAAAUUCGUUCAACCAGCGCUGAUGGUACAAAAAAACCAUUAAGUUUACUCUCAAAACUCCCUUAAAUUUCUUAAAUCUCCGACCAAAAGUUCAGAACAGCUUUUUCCCGAAAAAAAUUGGGUUUAGAAGACUAAAAAAAUGGAAUAGAUGUCUUGUUGUCAAGCGGAACUAAUAAAAUAAAAAAAUUUUAUUACAUUUUUUUAUUUUUUUGAGUUGAGAUGUUACUGAGAUUUUUUUCCGAAAUUCAAAAUAGGAGCGAAAAAUUUUUGAAAAAAUCUGCUUUUUCGAAAUUUCCUUCGUUUAGGAAAUGAUUGCGACGCGCAAAUCUUUUUGAUUUUUAGAGUUUUUUUAUUUUUUUGAUGAUGUCAAAACGGAAAAAAACAUCGAAUAGAAGGACAUUAAUGAAGUUGGCGAAACGUAGGAUUCCCUGGAUACUUUCUUCAUUCUUAACUAAUCGGAAGAAAUGACCGGAAUACAUUUCAGACAUUUUAAAAAGAUUAAAAAGGACUCUAGAAAGAUACAAUUCUCGUUGCUUUUAAAGGAUCUUACAACAAUAGAGUUUUUAUUUCGUGAAAACGAUUUUUAAAAUGAGAAAAAAUCGAAUAGAACAACAUGAAUGGGUUUUUUUUUUGCUUUUUUGCGAAACGUAGGAUAUUUUUUUAUUCCUAACUGAAAGAUCGACUUUCCCUAAUGAGUUCAAGGACCGAAGAUUGACUUACUAGGAAACUACAGUGACCACUCUGGAGUUCCUAAGACAGUUUGAUCAGAAAGAACGAUGCGAAAAACCUAGGAACGCCAGAGUGAUCCCUAAAGGGGUCACAAAGAAAGAAGUGGCCCCCAUAGGGACCGAAAGUGGUUCCUGUAGGGUAUGAGGUCCUUAUAAGGGCUUGUCUGCUGGCGCGAAUUUUGAAAUUUCUCGAAAAUCUAUUGAAUAUCUGAAUUUUCAAAACGACGCUCCUCGUUACGGCUAUGCGCUGGCGCGAAGUUUGAACUUUCUUGAAAAAUUAAUGAUCGUCUAAUUUUUUUCAAACGACGCUCCUCUUUACGUCUGUAUGUUGGCGAGAAAUUUGGAUUUUCUCGAAAAAAAAAAUUAUAAAGAAUCAGUUUUUAAACGACGUUCCUCUUUACGGUUGUGCGAUGGCGCGAAUUUCGAAGUUUCUCGAAAAAUUAUUGAAUAUCUGAAUUUUCAAAACGACGCUCCUCGUUACGGCUGUGCGCUGGCGCGAAGUUUGAACUUUCUUAAAAAUGAAUGAAAAACGGAAUUUUUCAAACAACGCUCCUUUUUACGCCUGUCUGAUGGCGCGAGUUUUGAUUUUCUCUGAAAAUUUAUAAAUAUCUGAAUUUUUCAAACAACGCUCCUUUUUACGCCUGUCUGAUGGCGCGAGUUUUGUUUUUCCUCUGAAAAUUUAUAAAUAUCUGAAUUUUUCAAACAACGCUCCUUUUUACGCCUGUCUGAUGGCGCGAGUUUUUGUUUUUCCUCUGAAAAUUUAUAAAUAUCUGAAUUUUUUUCAAACGACAUUCCUCUUAACGGCUAUGCGCUGACGCAAAGUUUGAAGUUUCUUAAAAAAAUGAACAAAUUACUGAAUUUUCAAAACGACGUUCCUCUUUACGGUUGUGCGCUGGCGCGAAGUUUAAACUUAUCGAUUAAAAAAAUUUUCAGUGGUUUGAAUAUAUUUCAAUUCAGAUGGCUUCUGGAUCGUUGGGGACUCCGGGUUUCAAUAUUGCUUGGAGCCGCCGGAAAUUGUUUUGGAGCUUGGAUAAAGUUACUUUCAACGCAUCCUGGUAUAGAAAAAAAUGAUCAAUCCUUAAAAGGAAAAUUUUCAGAUGGUUUUUGGAUCACCUUCCUUGGACAGACGAUCGUCGGCGCCUCGCAAAUGUUCACUUUAGGUUUUUUUUUUUUAACUUGAAAAUUCUGACUUCUCUGCGCUCUCUUCUCUCUCGGGGAUGCAGAUGAGAUAGAAGAGGGCGCAGACAGGGCAGAUUGUUUUGAAUGACGUUGAAAAUUGUUAGGAAUCCCGCCAAGGCUGGCCGCCGUCUGGUUUGGACCCGAUGAAGUUUCGCGGGCCUGUGCAGCUGGAGUUUUCGGGAAUCAGGUACAGUUAAUUUUGCCUUGCAGUGGUUUGGUGCUUAGCGGUAUUUGUGAAUUGCGCCCGACCAGAAACGGCUUGCGCCUUGUCGCGGGAAAAAUCAUAUAGAAGGCGGCUUUAACCGCAACGCAGAGCCGCGACGCUUUGAGCCAUUCCAAGUGCGGUUACAGAACUCACACCUAGGUCAAUUUAGGUCAAAUAAAAUGUAAAGUACGAUGGGAAAUUUGAAAUAAAUGUUAGGAAGGGUUUUCCGCUCAACUUGUUGAUUUUGUUCAAAAAACUCAGGUUCUCAUUAAUUUUUUUUUUCUUCGGUUCAUUCAGUAUGGUCUUGAUUUGUUUGGGAAAUGUUUUCUGAAGGAUUUUUUGGGAAUUUUGAAGCAUUCUACACUAAAUAAGUAUCUUAAUCAAAGUACGAAAAAUUCAAACUGCAUAAGGUUCUUCCUUUUUUGGAAAAUGACCUUCUUCAGCUUUAUUUAGGCUUUUUCCGUUUUUCUUUCCAGAUUGAAAGAAUUUGGUUUACUACCAUACGUAGGCGAAAAAAGAAAUCGAUAAGUCCGGGAAUGAAUCACGAAAUUUUAAAAAGUAGGGAAUAAACUUCAAUUUUCAACCUCAGGGAGGUAUUUAUGAGGAAAUAAUUAGAAAUAUUUUUUUGUUUAGUUUCGAUGAAAUAAAUAUUUUUGAACGUUAGGAAGGUAGUACUGACUCCAUUUUGAGAAUAUAUAGAAAAAGGCCUUUAAAAAAUUUUUGCCCAUUUUUUUUUUGGUUUUUUUUCUUCUCCCUGAAUAUAGUCUUUUCAGAUUUUAAAUGUCAAGUGCAAUGACGUCAUUCAAAAACACGCUCUCUGAUUGGUUUAUCGCACUAUUAGGGGCGGAGCUUGAGCGACGACUUGACAGUCAAAAUCUGAACAGACUAUAAUGGUUCAUCGACUUAUUUAUUUUGUUGUUUUAGUCUAGGAUGUAACCGACUAGGCGGUGAACAAGAACUUUAAAAGCUAUAACGAACAGCCGCCUUUGGCGACUUAGAAGUCCAAAGGUGUAGUUGAUCAAGUUGAAAGCAUGGCCUUACGGUCCUCCGCCACGUUCUUCUGCGCGUAGUCCGUUCAGUUGCGCAUUGACGAGCUCAGAAUGUAGCUGAUGCUUAGCUGGAGCACGGAGACUGGGCUCUAGGGAGCCUCAGAAGGAGAGCGACCACUUCCAGUGAAGAUCUUACACAGAAUCAAUUUCAUUUUCAGCUCGGAAUAGCUGUCGGCUUCGUCCUGCCGCCCUUGUUGGUCUCAAACGGAACCAGCGAUGAGAUCGCCUACGACUUGAACACGAUGUUCUUGUCGUCGGCGGUUUUGAACUCGAUCAUCUUGGCCUUGGCUAUUUGCUGUAAGCUUUAACAGCUGUCUCUGUAUUUCUCAAAAUCAACAGGACGAGAAAAAAAAUUUAUUUUUUAAUUUCAAUGAAAUUUCAACCAGUGUUAUCAUAUGACGUCAGGAUCGAUUUUUUUUGAGCCAUUUCCUUUUACUGUAGCCGGGUUACGGUAGGCAAGUUGUAAUUUGAGUAUCUAAGAAUUGACGAGUUUUCUAUAGGCAAGUUGUAUAUCAAUCGAUAGUUAAAAAGAAAUUUUUAGGAUUUUUUUCAGUUUAUCUUGGGUUACUGUAGAACUUUUUAUGUGUUGAAAAAAGAGUUAAAAAAACAGUUUUUUUAGAACAAAAAAAUUAAGAAGCCUAGAAACAAUUUUUCGAGAAAUAUUGCAGUUUUUUUGAACUUUUUGAUUAAUUUUAUCAGAAAAAAAAGCCUUUGAUUAUCAUUUUUUUGGUCAACUUUCAAGCUUUAUUCGGGAAAAAUUUUGACCAUUUUGCUCUAAAAAAAUUCAUAAAACUGUUCUAAAAAUCUCUCAUUAUCAAAUAAUUAGUAGUUUUGACGCGGAAAGAAGCUUUUUUUUAUGCUUAAAUCGAAAAAAAAAAGCGGAAUUUAUCGCUUCUUUGACGGCUUUUAGUAUCUAUUGUCGUUAUUAAAACUCUCAAAAGCUAGACUUAUCCUAUUUUCAUUCAGUUUUCACGGCCCGACCGCCUCUCCCCCCAAGCUUGGCCCAACUGACCGCCCAAGAAGAAAAAGCCUUCGACAAUAAUUUCUGGUCGACCCUGAGGAAGCUGAUGACCAACAAGGACUUUAUCCUUCUCUUCAUCACUUAUGGUACACGUUUUUCUCAAUUUUCCGUCAGAAAUCGAAAGAAAUCUGAUGAAUGGCCAUUUUUGUUGGGGAAAUGCGCUCGGGGGAGAAAUUUCGUUGAAAAAAAAAGUUUUGAAGCGCUAAAACCUCGUUUUGAAAUUUAAUGCAAUCACUGCCAAAGUCGAAAGUGCGGAAAAAGGGUGCAAAAAGGAAGUGACUGCAAAAUGGCCGCUAAAAGGGUCCCUUUUCACGGCCUUUAUUGAGCCUGUCAUUCUUGCACUGCCAAAGUCGGAAGUGCGGAAAACGGGUGCAAAAAGGGAGUGACUGCAAAAUGGCCGCUAAAAGGGUCCCUUUUUACGGCCUUUAUUGAGCCUUUCAUUUUUGGUGGGUUAAAAAGGGUCAUAAAAGGGCGAAAAAAGGGAGAGGCCGCGAAAAGGGUGAAGAAAGAGUGGGGGUUCAAAAAGGUUCUGAAAGUCUCUGUUAUUGAUGAUUUCCGAUGUUAUUACUGUAGCUUAUUUCGGUUCAUACGCAGUCACUUGUAAAGAUUAUUCUCAAUUUAAAAAAAAUUGUAUUUCUCAAAAGGGUCCAAAAAGGGUGGAUGAAGGCCGGUGAAAGGACGCAAAAAGGCAGUAAAAAGGAAACCUUUGCCACCCGUUUAGGAACAAUUAAUGGAAACAGACGGAUCCGUAACGGACGCUCAAAGGGCCCGUGAAGGGUCCUUCCGACUUUGCCUAUGAUCAUGAGUUAGAAAAGAUAAAUCCAACACAAGUUUACUGUUUAUGGAAUUUCAAUUCUAUUUUAGUAUGCCUUUCAAUUUAUUAAAAAUCCCUGUUAUUCAAGAUAUGUUUCGCCGUCCGGAAAUACUUUUUUCAAGGUGUCAAAAAUCGGUUUUUCACAUUCGAGCAAAUUCGGAAAGGUAGAUAAUGGCCGCUGAAAGGGAGAGGCUUGAAAAGACAGCAAAAAGGCUGCAAAAAGGCCGCAAAAUGGCGGCUGAAAGGCUGCAAAAAGGGCGCAAAAAGGCACCAAAAAGGUUGUAAAAAGGCCGCAAAAAGGCAGCAAAAAGGCGGCAAAAAGAGUCCCUUUAUCGAGCCUCCCAUUUUUUCGGGAUUUUAACGGCUCAAGAAAUGGCGCAAAAGGGCAGCAAGGAAAAUUUCUAUGAAGCUUUUUUCCGCUCUUUCCGACUUUGCCUAUGGAAAAGCUUUUCUAAUUUUUUCAUGUUUUUUUUUCAAAUUUCCCAGUCCAUAGUUGCACUUGGAAUGACUCUUACAAGCUUCAAAAAUGUGCCCGACUUGAAACUACUUGCGCUUUGUUGCAUUAGAAAUCAUCAGAGGCUUCAUGAAGUGGUCAGACAUUUCAAAUGUCAGAACAUUGAUCCAAGUAGAAGCGUAUGAAGUUCAUCACCUUUUUCGAGGAAUUUUGAAAGAUUAGAAUCAUAUAUUUGCAAGUGCAGUAUUCAGAAAAGCAGGGAUGGUUGGCUCAAAAAAUUUAAGUUCACUAACGAGAAAAAUUGAUUUUUAAGCUUGAGAGCAAGUCUUUGCGGGUGUUAAAAGCCUUAAAACUGGCCAGAAAAAUUCUCUGAAGAAGAUCCUGAAGUCUCAGACUUGUAACACUUUUUAUUUAUUGAGAAAGGACACCUCUAAGUCAAAGAAAAUGAGCCAUUUUGGCGCUUUGAGUCGUUAUUUUGAGAAAACUAAGAACUUUGGCAGGUUCAGACUUUUAGAGUCUUUUCCUGGUACAUCAAGGAGUAUUCUGGCCGAAUUUAUGUGAUUCGCAAAGUAAAAUAACAUUUAGAGAUGAAAAGAAGCUUUGGGAUAGCCUUGGAAUGGUCGAUGGUGGAAAUGAUCGCUAAAAGGGAGAGGCUCAGAAAAGGGCGUAGAAAGGUAGCAAAAAGGCAGCAGAAAGACUGCAAAAAGGCUGCUAAAAGGCAGCAAAAAGGCAGCAAAAAGGCAGCAAAAAGGCGGCAAAAAGAGUUCCUUUAUCGAGCCUCCCAUUUUUCGGGGAAUUUAAAGGCUCAAGAAAAGGUAGAAAAAAGGAGAGGCAGCAAAAAUGGUGCAUAGAAGCCGAUGAAAUGGCGCGAAAAGGUAGCAAAAAAGGAGCCUUCGUCACCCUAAAAUGAACCUUUUUGGAGCCUUUUUUUCACUUUGUACAUGUUCUCAGAUGCUCAUUUAUCUCUAGUUUUGCCUCUGAUUGAAACCAGAAGCAAUACAUCGAAAUUCCUCCUUCUGUUGAGCCCCGAGAGUGUCACUUGUCACUCCAAGGUAUCAACAAAUGGCGUCGAAAACAUCGAUCAUUUGUGUAACAAAUGAUUGGCUUUUUUUAUUCCUGACGGCUCUCAUUUGCCUCGGCCCGAGAAGAUUGUGAUAAAUUCGCGCCAUCAGCAUCUGCCGCAAAUUUGUGAACAAGGGGGAGGACAAAACAUGUGUUUUUGAGGUUUUUAUUGAGUUUUCGAAUGAAGGGGACUUCAUUGAGGAUAUUAGUUGGGAAAGUGGUUGUUGAGGAAUUUUGGAGUUUCGAAGUUAUGGCAUUUGGAAAUGGCAUAUUUCGGAACAUCAGCUGGAAAAUUCAGAUCAUGGUUGAUUUUUUUUUGGAAAGGAUAGUUUUUAGAACAUCAGCUUGGAAUUUCGAUUCGGGAUCGAUUUUUAAACGGUUUCAGACAGAAUUUUCAACUUGAGCAAGCUUUAAAAUGUAUGAUUUUCGUAAAAUCGUUAAAAAAAAAGAGGACCAACCAAUCGUAAAAGGGAUUUCCAAUACAAAAAGCUUAUAAUUAAAAAAAUUUUUUUAUUUUUUUAACUUUUUUUAAAGAGAAAAUGAAGAAAAAAACUCAAUUUUUUUCGUUACAUUUCUAAGAAAUCGGUAUGAACUUAGGAACUGCAGAGUGGUCCCUAUAGGGGCAGCCUUAUGGGCUCUUGGAGGGUCCCCUCUAGGGGCCACUUUGCCAACCCUAUAGGGGCCACUAAACCUUGCGAAAGUGGUCCCUAUAGGGGUCACGUUAGUCGAUAACUCUUAUGAACUCUAAGCGAAGAAGCAUUUCCAUGGGAAAAACUGAAUAAAUAAGCGUUUUUUGAAAGAAAUUGAGAACCCUAUAGGGUAUACUUGAGCUUCAGGGGCUAAGGGGUCAGACCCUAAAUCCCUUUAGGGACCACCUUAAUUUGACCCCUAUAAGGACCACUUUCUCGGCGUCUAUAGUGGCUUUUCCCCCCUUACCUCUGUAGGGACCACUCUGGAAUUUUUAAGGAUAGCUCAAAAAUUUUAAGGCAAAGAAAAUAAUCAAAAAUUCAUUUUUUAAAGCUCUUUUCAAUGUUUUUUUUUUUGCUUUUUCAGCUUUUUAGUGAGAUUUUUCCAUUUGAAGGCAUCAACACCGGCGUUUUCUACGCCAUUUCGACGCUUUUGUCCCAGAUGGUCCUCAGUGUUUAUCCGGAGGUACCUGAUUAACUAUAGAACCGGAAAAUGCUCGUUUUUUCAAGGAAACUGUGGCCGUCGGCCAAGUCGGCCUCUUAAUCGUCGUGGCCGGAAUGCUUGGCUCCGUCGUUGGCGGAAUUUGUCUCGACAAGUUCAAGAAAUUCAAGUUCGUUUUGGUGGUUUGUAAAAGACAGUUAUUCCAUAAAGUUUGAGCUUUUAAAAGAAAAAAGGUACCGAUUUUAUUCAAAUUUCACAUCAGGGAAGGUAGAUUCUAACCAUUCUUGAACGGAAAAAGAAAGAAAAAAAAAAUCCUACGAAAAUAUUUUUUUUGAAGUAAGCUCAAAAUUUAUUACUAUCAACACUUUUUUUACCUGAAAAAAAGAAUGUUCAGAAAAUUUUUUUUGAGUUUUAUCGAAAUUUUUUUCAGUUAUUUUUAGCCGUUUUUCCGUUCAUUUUCAAGCCAUUAACUUUUUAAAAAAACGUCUAGGACAAAAAAAUACUCAAAAAUUAGGGAUUUCACGUUAAUCGAGAUUUUUUUCUUAAAAAAAUGAAAUUUAAAUGUUUUUUUAAGGAAUUUUUUUCGCGAUUUGAAAGUGAAUUUUAUGCUCUUUUGCGUUAUUCUUGUUUUUUUAUUGAGAAAACUAUCUUAAUUAUUUUAUUAUUAGUUAUAAAAAAAUUAGCUUGUUUUUUUAUGUGAAGAAGUGUCAAAAGAAAAUAUUUUUUUCAACCAAAAAAACAAGGACUUUUUGAAGUUUAUAGAAUCUUUUUUUGGUAAUUUCAGUCGUUUUUAGUUCAUUUUCAAGCCAUGGGAUUGGAAAAAAAUCGGACUUUUAAUUAUUGGAAAAAAAGAUUCAUUCAAAAAAAUAAGGGAUUUUGUGUCAAUCGAGCUCACGAUUUCUUGAAAAUUAAAGUUUAAAAUGUGAUUUUUUUUUUUGCGAUAUUUGCGAUUUUAAAGUGACUUUUUAAAAAUUAACACUGAAAAAACCAUUUUUUGGGAUUUUUCGAGAUGUAAAAGUGAAAUUUCUGUUCAAUUCAUCUGGGAAAAUUUUUAAUGGCCACUUGAGGGGUUAAAAGUUAGUGGCCACUAUAGAGGUCUAGGUGCUACUGCUAGACCACUGAAAAUUAUAAUGGCCACUUUAGGGUUUUGAAGUUUUGGUGGCCACUAUAGUAGGCAGUAGUGACCACCUAAGGGCUUGAAAAUUAGUGGCCACUAUAGAGCUCUGAGUGCUACUACUAGACCACUUAGUGGCCACUUUAGGGGUCAAUGGAUCAACAUAACUGGUCCAAUCUGUUUGUUUUGAAAUUAUCAGAGUUACUGGAAGGAAUACUGGAUGAAAACUUCUGAAGUGGCCACUAAAACGGGAAAUAGCGGCCACUAUAAAGGUGGGUUUAGUGACCAAUUUAGUGUCCUCUCUAAGUAGUCCUUGGCGAGCCUCCAUAGUGGCCACUAAAAAUUUUCCCAGGUUAGCAGUUUUUCGAAAAAUUAUCCCCUUUGGUUCUAUUUUCAUGUAUAAAUAAUUAGUGACUUCAAAUAGAAUACAGAAAAAAAUGCCCAGUUUUCAGGUUGACAACAAUUUUGGUCUACCUUUUCUCCUUCGUCGGCAUGAUUUCCUUCACGUUCACCAUUGAUCUCAACUCCAUGGCCCUCGUUUUCAUCAAUGCGUUUCUACUUGGGUUAAUAUUCAUCUCAUUUUGCUACAGAAAAUAGAAAAAUUAAGCGAUUUCAAACAGAAAAACGGAUUAAAAACAAGGUUUACUGGGUUGAAAAUGAAUAAAAAUGAAAAUUUGAACUUUUUGCACCGUGUUUUGACACGAACUUGAGCGGUCCCUAUAGGGCUCAGGAGAAACACAGCCGAGGCAAAAAAAAAAGUGGUCUCUAUAGGGGUCUUCCAAUUUCAUUCAAAAACGCUUAUUUAUUCAGUUUUUUCCAUGGAAAUGAUUCUUCCCAUAGAGAUUUUCAUGUCCUCUAUAGGGAACACUUUGCAAGCUUUAGUGGCUCCUAUAGUGGUUGGUAAAGUGUUCCCUAGAGGGGACCCUCCAAGGGCCGCUAAGGUUGCCCCUAUAGGGACCACUCUGAAGUUCUCAAGAACGCUCUAGAAUUUUAUUUUCUUCUUUCCAAUCGAUUUUUAAAAAAUUUUGAAAAUCCGCUGAUUUUUAAAAAUAAUCAGGCAGAAAUGAUCAUUUUUUACGUGUCAGUAUUAUUUUUGAAAGACUAGAUUUUUUUGAUUUUCAUGAAUUUAUUUCUUAUCUAAACUAAUAAUCAGUUUUUGUGUUAAAAAAAAGGCAAAAGAGCGAUACAGUGUUUUCAUUAUUAAAGGAGCAUCGAUUGGGAAAAAAAUGGUCUCGAGAGGAAUUUUUUUCUCCCACAAGGUGCUUUUGAAGGUUAACAAUAUACAGAUAGUAUACAGCUUUCUGAACAAUUCGCACCAGGCUUUGACAAGCUCCGCCCAUUCUCAGGCUUACUGUAGAAUAGAUACCGUAAAAAGCCAAAUUUUUUCCUGAUAAGUUGAACUUACUUACUUACUUAGUUACUUAGAUGGUCCAUCUUCGCUUUCGACCUUUUAUUGCCUUUUAUUGAUCGAAGCGUGGACCACACGUUUUCCAGGAGAUCUUAUGCAAUCGGUCAUCCAGUGUUGUCGUCCUGGUUGACUGGUAUUCUUGCGAAAAAGUUCCAUCCGUGGUGUUGAACGUGUUAUAGCAUAAUUGUGGUCUUAUUAUCCUUUUUGCCUUGCCAGGGCUAAAAAAGACCGCCCAUUCUGUUAGCAGAAGCAAGCCGAAUUGCGUGACCGGUGUACCGUUAGCCGCCAUAAAUGGCGUUGCCUCCCCAUCACCGCGUAGAGGUGGUACUUGAAGGGGAUAAGUUGAAAUGGAGAAAAAAUGUCAAUUUGUGCAAUUCUUGUGUUGAAAAUUACUCUGGAAAAGUAUUUUUCAUGUAGAAAAAGUUGGAUGAAAGUAGAAAGAUGACGAUUUUUUGAAAUUCUUGUGUUUUUGGAGGUACCUCGGACCAAACUUGAGACUUUUUUUUGUCCAGCUCAACCGAAUUUUUAUUCAAAUGAAAGCUAUUGUAUUGAGAAAAAUCCUCAACUACACUUUAGAAGAACAAAUUGGUCAGGCUUUUUUUUCUGAAUCCCAGAAAGUAUUUAAUUUUAAUGACCUUCCUGACUACACUGUUCCUGAAGCACGUGGCUUUGGCAACACCUCGAAAUUCCCGAAAUUGUUUCCGGUAACUCAUUGUGAAUGAGAAAGUGGCGGCUUUUGUUGGGAAAUCGGCGUAGGUGUGCCCUAUUUGUCAACAAUUUGUUCUUUGUUUGAAGCUCACGAUUUUCAGGAUUUUCUAGGGGGUGAUUAAAGAAAAAUUUGAAAGUGACUAGGGAUCCUGAAAGAUUUUUAGUGAAGUUAGAGAGCUUGAAAUUGAUAAAUUCCAAAAAAUUUGAUAUCAAAUUAAAAUUUGGAAGGAAAGUCGGAGAUUUUUAAUCGUUAGGAUAAUCGAGUGAUAAUUUUCAAGGGAAUUGAAGAUCCUGAAGGUUUUUAGUGUAUUUGGACAGCUUGAAAUUGAUAAAAUCAAAAAAAAAACUCUUAUAAAAUUGAAAUUUGCGAGUAAAACCGUGCAUUUCAAAUCUUUACGAUAACCCUUUUUUUCUUUGUUUCAUUCAAAGUUCUGAUAAUAUUCUAGAAAAUUGAAGUUCCUGUAAGAUUUAUAGUGAAGUUGGAGCACUUGAAGUUGAUUAAAAACAAAAUUUCGGUGGGAAAUCCUUCCAAUAAUUAAUCGAAUAAAGUUAUGGCUUUUUCAUAAAAAAAUUUUCUUUGUUUGAAGCUGAGAAUUUUGAAAAUUUAAUUCCAUGGGAUGAUUUAGAGGUAAUAUUUAAGGAAAAAUAAAGAUUCUGAAAUUUUUCGUAGUGAAGUUACAUUGAUUGAUCCAAAAGAAAAAGAUUAAAAAUCAAAAUUUCAGCAGAAAAUUGCGGAUUUUUGAAAAAAAUCUGGUGAAUAAGAAGAAUUUAUGGACAAGAAAGUUACUACAGAUUCUUCAUGACGGGAUACCUACCGAUUGGAUUCGAAUUUGCCGCCGAAAUCACCUAUCCGGCUGCGGAAGGCACCACCAGUGGGCUUCUCAAUGCCAGUGCUCAGGUAAAAAGACGCUUUAUUUUUAAAUUAAGGGAAAAGGGACAGUAAAAUGAGAAAGAAACUGAAUCGAGUUUAUUUAGAAUUUGUGAGAAUCAAAGUUUAUUGAAGCUUGCAAUUUGGCCUUUUUUGGACUCUUAGUUUUUUAGGGAGUUCAGCGAUAGAUCUGUCGCAAAAGAACUGAAAAUAGCUCUUCGUCUCUCACCCGAUUUAUAGACACCUCAAAGUUUCUAGGCAGUGGAAAACGGGCUUUUUGCGAUCUUUGAUGUGUUGAAACUGAACUAAAAGUCAAAAAGGGUUUAGAAAAUCAACUGAAUGCUUUCCUUGGAUCAAGAAACCUUCCUGGAUGAUCAAAACCUGAAAAUUUUCCUCUUUUCUUGGAUCUGUAUUCUCUAGGGUACAUUUCAGGAUAGUUUAGGCAGUUUUUUGGAGCUUUUGACACGUUGAAACUCAACUAGAAGUCAGAAUCCUUGUAACUUUUCUUUUUUUCGGAUCUGGGUGGUCUAUGUUUGAACCUUUUCCUUUUUUCUUGGAUCUAGAUGAUCAAAAUUCGAACAUUAUCUUUUUUUCUUGGAUCUAGGUAAUCAAAAUUUGAAAAUAUUCUUUUUUUUCUGAACCUGAAUGCUCUAAAUUUGAACCUUUUCCUCUUUUCUUGAGUCUGGAUGAUGAACAAAAUCUGGUGAUAUUCCUGCUUUUUUUGGACUUGAAAGAUCUAAAUUUGGAAGUUUUGGAGAUCUGGAGGCUCCAAAAUACGUUUUCGGCUUGUUGAAUCAGUUUUUCUCAGCCCCUUCCUUUUCAUUUUGGCUCUGAAAAUAUGAGAAAAAAAAUUCAGAUAUUCGGAAUUCUGCUGACGUCGCUGAUGGGCUACGUGAUGCACACGUUCAGCACGUUGACCUGCAAUUUGAUAAUGAGCAUCAUUCUCAUCAUCGGCACCGUUCUUACAGGUUUUUCUAGGGUUCUGAAGAAGUUUUGAGAGAUUUUUCCAGGGUUCAUCACCGAGGAUCUCAAGCGCCAGAAGGCGCACGCCGUUCAAGCGAAUAUGCCUGUCAGUUUUCGACGGAAACAUUUUUCUCUUAAGGAAAUAAGUUCACCCAAUAAAAAUAGGUGAUCAACAGAAAAUCAAUGCUUAAAAUUAGAGAUUUUCACGCUUCUGUUCAAAAUCUUUUAAAGGACUUUGGAAUCCCAGAAUGGUCCCUAUAGGGUUUAGGAGGAAAAUGACCGCUAUAGGGAUCGGAAAACUAGACCCCAAGGCGUAAUAUCAAGGUGUUCCCUAUAGGGAUUUAGGGUCUGACUGCUUAGCCUUUAAAGCCUGAGUGGACCCUAUAGAGGUAGGGAAAAAACAGCCCGUGCAGGGGCCGAAAAAGUGGUCCCCAUAGGGGUUUAGGGCGAAAAUAAACCCUGUAGGGCCCGGGAAAGUAGUCCCCAUAAAGGUAUAAUCAAGGUGGUCCCUGUAGGGGUUUAGAGUCUCACCCCCUAGUCCCUAAAGCUCAAGUGGACCCUAGAGGGGUCUCUCAAUUUCUUAAAAAAACGCUUCUUUAUUCGGUUUUCCCAUGGAAAUGCUUCUUCGCUCAGAGUUCAUAAGAAUUAUCAACUUUUCCUCUAUAGGGGCCACUUUUGCAAGCCUUAGUGGCCCCUGUAGGGGUUGGUAAAGUCGUCUCUAGAGGGGAACCUUCAAGGGCCCUUAAUGUUGCCCUUACAGUGACCACUAUGAAUUUUCUAAGCAUGUAAUUAGUAAAACAAGAAAAUCCAAUUCAGCUGUAAAAAAGCGGUCCAAUUAGGCUUUUAUAUCUUAAGUGGCCCCUAGAAGGGUCGUUCAGAUUCAUUCAAAAACGCUUAUUUAUUCAGUUUUUCCCCAAGUUCCAACAAGCAAUAGGUAAAUUUAGAAGAAAAUCCAAUUUAAAUCUUUUUUUCCAGAUAUCAGCGACACAACUCACAAGUUGCAGUGUACCAGAAUAA